AUGGAGGAAGUGUGGGAAGAAGCUUACAACCGUGCGGCAGGCGCCGGGGCCGAGGGCGGCAGCGGCGAGCUGAGCCUGGCCCACCUCCCGCUCGGCUACCUCCCGCCUGCGGUGCUGCAGCUGGACUACUUGCGGGCGCUGGACGUGUCUGGAACCAAGGUGCAGGAGCUGCCUGGCGAGGCACUGCUGGCGGUGGAUGGGCCGCCGCUGGAGACGCUCGUGGCCACCGGCAACGCUCUCGACGCGCUGCCUGAUGGCGACGCCUCCGAGUGGGCUGCCGUCUUUGACCGUGGCCUUUCCAAGCUUGAGCUGGCGGCAAACGCGCUGCGCGUCCUUCCGCACGGCCUUGUUGCUGCCAUGCAGGAUGCGCGCGCACCAGCCGGUCUUCGCGAGCUCAAUCUUGCCAUCAACUGCUUUGCGGACUUUCCGCUCGCUAAUGCCACGCGCACCGCGCCGUUUUCAUCGCUCGUCAAGCUCGAUGUCUCACACAACCCUCUGACUGAUCUUGGACCGGCACUGAGUCUGCUGCCGGCACUGGAGCGGCUCGACGCUUCGCACUGUGCGCUCACCACGCUCUCACCACACAUCGGCGCAUGCGCCUCGCUCCGAGUCCUCUUGCUGGCGUUCAACAAGCUGGGGCGGCUACCUGCGGAGAUCGGCGCGCUCACUGCGCUCGACACCCUCGAUGUGGCAGCCAACAAGCUGGCACAGUUGCCACCGCAGCUGGCGCUCUGCGGCGCCUCGCUCCGUGUCCUGGAUCUGCGGUCGAAUGCGUUCUCACAACCUCAGCCACUGGUCAUGCGCCCGCUGGCAGCCUCGCUCGUGCGGCUCCUCGUCCACGGCAACCACGCCGAGUUUGACGACCCUGCAGCUUGGCGAGACAUCCUUCCUGAUGGUGUGGUUGUUGGAGGAGAGCCGCUUCCACCAACGCGCCACAACAUUGUCUCGCGAGGCUUCGAUGCCGACGGCGAUGCUGUCGAUGCCACGCUCCGCAGCCUCGCCCACUCGCUGCGGACCGAGACCGCGCGUUCGGCGGGUGCCACGACUGUCAUCGAAAUGCUCCAAUCGGAGAUGAUUGACGCGCUCCAAAACCAGGUCAAGGAGCUGAGCACUGCCCACCUCGCGGCAUCGACUGAAAUCCAAAGCCUUCGCGAGCGCCUUGCCGCGCACGAGGGCUACGACGCUGGAGCAUCUGCCAGCCUCUCUCGUAUCGAGCUUGCGGCGUCGCAUAGCAGUGCGCACGCGCAGGGCGCAGCCCGGCGUGUUGACGAGCUGACUUCCGAGAUUGACCAGUUUGCUGCCAUCAACCGGCAGCUCGAGGCACGGGUCCGGGAGCUCGAGGCAGAGCUGCAGAGCGCUGAUAGCGUACACCGCAGCGAGGCCGCGAGCCGGCGCCGAUUUCAGGAGCUGUCACUCGAGCGCGAUGAGCUUGCUGCCGACAAGCUGCGGCUCAAGACACAAGUCCGGGAGCUCGAGGCGCAGCUGGGGGACGUGCUGGAGGGUCUUGGUGGAGAACGCGACUCGUACGCUGCAAUCAACUCGCAGCUGUCGGCGCAAGUCCGCAUGCUCGAGACCAAGCUGAAGGAGGCAAGUUGGGCGAGUGCCAGCGCCAGCAAUUCACAAGUUGAGUUGGCCAGGCUUCGGGCUGACCGGGAUGCUGCCCUCCUCGAGGCCGGCGAGGCACGCGCAGCGACAGCAGAGAUGGUCGUGGAGUUGGGCCAGCUCCAUACCGAUGUGGUGAAUCAGGAGAAGGCGUUUGAAGCCAAACAAGCUGAGCUCACUACUGUGGCGGAUGACCUCAUAGUUGCGCUGGACGUGGCGCGGGAGGAAGCUCGAAAAGCAGCGACAUCUGCUGAGGUUGCCCGGGCUGAGGCCGCCGAGUUCCGAAGCCGCAACGCCGAGCUGGAGGUAGCGCUGGCAGACAUGCUCAAUCUCAUGAGCGAGGUCAACGAGGCGGAGGCCGGCGCGAGUGGAACGAUUGCGUCUCUCGCGCACACUGCCGACGAGCCAGUGAUAGAAACCGAGGCCGAAGCCUUUGUGCGUGAGCACGAUCGCGUGUCUCUCCUCAUCGAACAGGACAACCAGAUCGUGCACAGGCUCGCUGAGUCCAAGCUCACGCCACCGACCUUUGAUGGUGCAGUCUACCGUGAGUCAGCCGGCUCGGGCUUGGUCUCGCUAGCAGCGAUCGAGGCUGCGGUCGAGCAUGUCAAGACUUCGUACAUGGUGCCGCUCAACAAGGCAACGCGCGCCAACCGCGGCCUGCGGGCCAAGUUGCAAGAGAGCAAGGUUCGGUGCUCAGAACUGGAGAGCGAGCUUGAGCAGACGCGCAAGCGACUUCAGACCAUCCGGAAGCGCGCAGCUGCACGCAGCGACGCUCGGAUGCGGGCAAAGAGUCGCGCACCGAGAGUAGACCCCGAGUCACAUGCAGAGGGCGACGGCGUCGCUGAGCUGCGCGAUGCAGAGGCACAAAUCCGCGCUGCGCAGCGCGAGCGUGACAGCGAUGCAGCGUCCCAGCUGGCUGCUGAGGUGGCUGUGGACGUCGCUGUGCUCGACGAGCUGCGUGCUGAGCGGAAAACGCAUGUGCUUGCGGCGGCUUCGCUACGUUUGCGACUGGACGACUUGGAGCAUCAAGUUCGCGAGGUGAUGAACGAGAGUCUGCCAGAGGAUGCAAAGUGGACGGCGGAUCCGUCGCUCCCUGCGCUGGAGCAGCUUGGCGCGUUCGGGAUGGCUGUCCGCGAGGAGCUGCAUGCCAACGAUGAGCUUGUACUUCGACUUCAAGAGACGAUUUCCGAGCUCCUCGCUCACCAGACCGAGCUUGAGGACACGGUGGCAGGUGCUGCGACUCUUCUUGAGCUUCCCGACUCACGCCCGUCGGCAGUUCUCGACGGGGUGGCGUUGCUGCAGCAGGAGGCGGCAGAGCUUGGGGCCCGAGUGGCCACGCUCGAGUACCUCAACGUCUCGCUCGACGCAUCUGGUGCGGACGAGCUCUCAGGCGAGCUUAUUGCUCAAAACGAGACACUACUCGAGCAGCUUCAGGGAGCACGCCAGCAGCACGCCGCUGAGGUGGCUGCACUCCAGGAGGUGAUCGAGGAGAAAGAGCUGAAGCUCCAGGCACUGUCGCGCACGUCAGAUGCCCCGGAUGUGGCAAAGCUCAAGCGAAUCAAGGACCUCGAGUCUCAGGUGGAUCAGUCUGAGCGGAUGUGCGACGGAUUGCGAGCCGAGCUUGCGCAAAUGCAAGAGAGUAUGCCAAGUGCGGUCGUCGCGGCGUUGCAGGAUCGGGCAGUUGGCCUGGAGGCCGAGGUAGCAGAGAUGGAGCGGAUGUGCAACCGGCUGCGGGCCGAGCUCGCGGAAGAGCGAGCUAACAAGGCGAAGCAAGAACACGGUAGAGGGGCAUCCCAGACAUUUGUCACCGAACAAGAGUUGCGGGCCGCAGUUAUGGAGCUUCCGGACAUUGGCCGCCACCGUCCAAAGCGGGCUCGAGUUAUGCAUGCGCCGAAGACGGCAUUGUUCAAUGCUGCAAGUGAGUUUGAUGACGAGAUCGCGGAGCUCGAGGACGAGCUCAACCGGCCGCGGGCUGCCAAUGAGGCGGCUCAGGUGAGGAUUGCGGAGCUCGAGGACGAGCUCAACCGGCCGCGGGCGGACGAGCAGAUGGAAGCUGAGCUGGCAGAGGUGCGGGCUGCCAAUGAGGCGGCUCAGGUGAGGAUUGCGGAGCUCGAGGACGAGCUCAACCGGCCGCGGGCGGACGAGCAGAUGGAGGCUGAGCUGGCAGAGGCGCGGGCUGCCAAUAAGGCGGCUCAGGUGAGGAUCGCGGAGCUCGAGGACGAGCUCAACCGGCCGCGGGCGGACGAGCAGAUGGAGGCUGAGCUGGCAGAGGCGCGGGCUGCCAAUGAGGCGGCUCAGGUGAGGAUCGCGGAGCUCGAGGACGAGCUCAACCGGCCGCGGGCGGACGAGCAGAUGGAAGCUGAGCUGGCAGAGGCGCGGGCUGCCAAUGAGGCGGCUCAGGUGAGGAUUGCGGAGCUUGAGACCGAGCUCAACCGGCCGCGGGCGGACGAGCAGAUGGAAGCUGAGCUGGCAGAGGCGCGGGCUGCCAAUAAGGCGGCUCAGGUGAGGAUCGCGGAGCUCGAGGACGAGCUCAACCGGCCGCGGGCGGACGAGCAGAUGGAAGCUGAGCUGGCAGAGGCGCGGGCUGCCAAUGAGGCGGCUCAGGUGAGGAUUGCGGGGCUUGAGACCGAGCUCAACCGGCCGCGGGCGGACGAGCAGAUGGAAGCUGAGCUGGCAGAGGCGCGGGCUGCCAAUAAGGCGGCUCAGGUGAGGAUUGCGGGGCUUGAGACCGAGCUGCAGCAAGCCCAAGCCAGCAACGAGGCUGAUCCUGAACUCGCGGCGGCCCAGGCGCGGAUUGCCGAACUCGAGACCGAGCUGGAGCAAGCUCAAGCCAGCAACGAGGCCGAUACUGAAGUCGCGGCGGCCCAGGCACGGAUUGCCGAACUCGAGACCGAGCUGGAAGCUCAAGCCAGCAACGAGGCUGAUGCUGAACUCGCAGCGGCGCAGGCACGGAUUGCCGAACUCGAGACCGAGCUGCAGCAGGCCCAAGCCAGCGACAAGGCCGAUGAUGAAAUCGCGGCGGCCCAGGCACGGAUUAUCGAACUCGAGACCGAGCUGGAACAGACGUCCGAAGUGGCCAGCAAGCUGCAGCUGCGCCUGAAGAUGCAGGACACGCUCAACGAGUCGAUGGAUGACGUAGCCGAGCUGCAUGAGGCCGAGAUGGUCGAACUGCAAUCGCGGAUCACCGAACUCGAGAUCGAGCUGGAACAAGCGCAGACCAGCGACGAGGCCGAUGCUGAACUCGCGGCGGCGCAGGUGCGGAUUACCGAACUCGAGACCGAGCUGCAGCAGGCCCAAGCCAGCGACGAGGCCGAUGCUGAACUCGCGGCGGCGCAGGUGCGGAUUACCGAACUCGAGACCGAGCUGCAGCAAGCUCAAGCCAGCAACGAGGCCGAUACUGAAGUCGCGGCGGCCCAGGCGCGGAUUGCCGAACUCGAGAGCAAGCUGGAGCAAGCCCAGAACAGCGACGAGGCUGAUGCUGAAGUCGCAGUGGCCCAGGCACGGAUUAUCGAACUCGAGACCGAGCUGGAACAGACGUCCGAAGUGGCCAGCAAGCUGCAGCUGCGUCUGAAGAUGCAGGACACGCUCAACGAGUCGAUGGAUGACGUAGCCGAGCUGCAUGAGGCCGAGAUGGUCGAGCUACGGGCGCAGAUCGCCGAGCUUGAGACCGAGCUGCAGCAGGCCCAAGCCAGCGACAAGGCCGAUGCUGAACUCGCGGCGGCCCAGGCACGGAUUGCCGAACUUGAGACCGAGCUGCAGCAAGCUCAAGCCAGCAACGAGGCCGAUACUGAAGUCGCGGCGGCCCAGGCGCGGAUUGCCGAACUCGAGACCGAGCUGCAACAAGCGCAGAUGAACGACGAGGCGGAUGCUGAAGUCGCGGCGGCCCAGGCACGGAUUGCCGAACUCGAGAUUGAGCUGCAGCAAGCUCAAGCCAGCAACGAGGCUGAUGCUGAUCUCGCGGCGGCCCAGGCGCGGAGUACCGAACUCGAGAGCAAGCUGCAGCUGCAUGAGACCGAAAUCGCGGCGGCGCAGGCGCGGAUCACCGAACUCGAGACCGAGCUCGAGCAGACGUCCGAAGUGGCCAGCAAGCUGCAGCUGCGUCUGAAGAUGCAGGACACACUCAACGAGUCGAUGGAUGACGUAGCCGAGCUGCAUGAGGCCGAGAUGGUCGAGCUGCAAUCGCGGAUCACCGAACUCGAGACCGAGCUGCAACAAGCGCAGAUGAACGACGAGGCCGAUACUGAAGUUGCGGCGGCCCAGGCACGGAUUGCCGAACUCGAGACCGAGCUGGAGCAAGCUCAAGCGGCCAGCAAGCUGCAGCUGCGCCUGAAGAUGCAGGGCACGCUCAACGAGUCGAUGGAUGACGUAUCCGAGCUGCAUGAGGCCGAGAUGGUCGAGCUACGGGCGCGGAUCACCGAACUCGAGACCGAGCUGGAGCAGGCCCAAGCCAGCGACGAGGCCGAUACUGAAGUCGCGGCGGCCCAGGCACGGAUUGCCGAACUCGAGAUCGAGCUGGAACAAGCGCAGACCAGCGACGAGGCGGAUGCUGAACUCGCGGCGGCGCAGGCGCGGAUCACCGAGCUCGAGACUGAGCUGCAACAAGCGCAGAUGAACAACGAGGCUGAUACUGAAGUCGCGGCGGCCCAGGCACGGAUUGCCGAACUCGAGACCGAGCUGGAGCAAGCUCAAGCCAGCAACGAGGCCGAUACUGAAGUUGCGGCGGCCCAGGCGCGGAUAACCGAGCUCGAGACUGAGCUGCAACAAGCGCAGAUGAACGACGAGGCGGAUGCUGAACUCGCGGCGGCGCAGGCGCGGAUCACCGAACUCGAGACCGAGCUGGAACAGACGUCCGAAGUGGCCAGCAAGCUGCAGCUGCGCCUGAAAAUGCAGGACACGCUCAACGAGUCGAUGGAUGACGUAGCCGAGCUGCAUGAGGCCGAGAUGGUCGAGCUACGGGCGCAGAUCGCCGAGCUUGAGACCGAGCUGCAGCAGGCCCAAGCCAGCGACAAGGCCGAUGCUGAACUCGCAGUGGCGCAGGCGCGGAUUACCGAGCUCGAGACCGAGCUGCAGCAGACGUCCGAAGUGGCAAGCAAGCUGCAGCUGCGUCUGAAGAUGCAGGACACACUCAACGAGUCGAUCGAUGGCGCGACUGAGUUGCAGGAGGCCGCGCUCGCCGAGCUGCAAGCCCAGCUGACAAAAGCCAGGCUUGAGCUCGAGCGCGAGCGCGCGGGCACGCAGACUUCAAGCCCUGAUGAUCAGUUGCAACUCCACGAGCAGGUUAUGUCUCUCACCGCAGAGGUCAGUACACUCCACUCUGCUCUCGAUGCUGCUACUGCCCAAAUCCACUCCAUGUCGACAGCGAUUGACUCGUCCGACCUCACCACUCUCCGAGCCGAGCGCGACAUCCUUCAGGCUGAGCUGGAGACUGCCACCCGCCGCAUCCUUCUUGUUGCUGACCGCAUUGCCCUGGUGCGCGGCUGCGAUGGAGAUGUCCUUUGGCGCGAUGCCGCUGCCGGUACGCUAGAGCGCGUGCUCGGUGGCCUUGCGCUUGGCGGACGAGGUCGCUGCACAACUUCGGCGCUACCUGGCAGCUCACUCACCCCCCCUGCUGCGGCGAGCAGCGCCGCUGUGGAUCUCGAAGCCAACGGCGCAGUUCUUCUCCAGAUUGUCGCUGCUCUCAUUAACGCGGGCCUCAUCAGUGUCACGGCUGUUCCAUUAGCGCUCUUAAGCACGCCUGCAGGUCAGGCGCGCGCCUUUGCCGCUCGGGAGUUGGCCGACUUGGCCGACUUGGCCGGCGGGCGUCGUGACGAUGCCGCGUCGAGUGAUGUCACAGUCCUUCGGGCGCGCCAGCACUCUCAUUUGGCAGCCAUUCGAGACCGUCUCAAUGAGCACGUCGCUGCCGUCGAGCUCUCAGACCUUGUCUCCAUGAUUUCAGAAGUUUCGGUCCUCGUAGGCGAAGCUGCCGAGCUGGAGGACUCCCAAGCUGAGCUGCUACAAGCGAACCAGUCUGCGGCCCAGGCGACGCUAAUUGAGCGAAACCGUGGCCUGCGCGAGAGCCUGGCCCAGUACGUUGCCAACGAGCGUGUACUCCGUGACACUAUCCGCGACCUGGAGACAGAGCGGGACCAGUUGCUUGCGUCGUCGAUCGAAGGCGCCGUUCGUGCGUCGACCCCAGGCUCACCAGUGGCGCCAGCCUCGCGCUCAAACUCAGAGGCCAACGCCUCUCUGGACUCGUCGGCUGUCAUCAUCGCAUCACUCAAGUUUGAGCUCGAGACUGUCAAGGAGUAUGCUCGCCAGCGCGAUGCUCUCCAUUUGGAUCGUACUGCAGAGCUUUCACAGACUAUUGAGAGCAUCCACGGAUCACAGGACCGAGGCGCGUCCACCAUUUCGGCGAAUGAGCAGGUCCGCGAGCUCACAGCGCAGCUGGCAGCGGUGGAGCUGGAGCUGGCUGACCUCCGCGCUGCCCAUGAGCAGCUACGUACACUGCUCCUCAACCGGGUUCCGACCCCCGGACCCGACGACGAGGCUCGCCUUCCUGCAUAUGUCCGCGACCUUCUUGUUUUGCUUGGGCGGAUGCGCGCGAUGCUGCUGGCUGCUCGUGAGACGCCCACUCUUUCGGACGAUGCUGUAGCCGAGAUCUGUGAUGCCUCUCUUGUUCACGAGAACUACGUGCUACACCUCUCAACCACGAGACUUGAGCACGCACUUGCCCAUCUCGCCGUGGUGGCACGCUCGAUUGCGCACGGCCGAGACGUGCCGGUGGCAUGGCAAGACCACGCUCUCGAUGCGCUUGUCACCCUCGCACGAUCGCUCGGUCCAAACCAUCCGGCCACUUCCGUCGCGCUGUACGUUCGCCUCACCCGGCUCAUGCAGGAUGCUCUCACACCACUGGCCGCGGAGCUGUCGACUGCACUACAGAACGGAGACGCUCGGAGCGAUGCAUCUGAGCUGGCAAGCUCGCUCCUCAACGAGUGGCGAGUUGCGCUUGCCACCUAUGCUGAUGCUGCGCAUACCUUGCGACCAAGCAUUGCCGGCGCGAGGCGGUCUAUGGCUUCUGACGUCGAGACCGGGCGCACGCUAGAGAUUGUCAAGGGCGAACUUGUGUGCAUUCGCAGGGCGCUUGAGGCCCCGUCAGUCGCUAGCGCCGCGCACCACCUACCGGAGAUGGGCUCGGCGUUUGAAGCCGUCGCUCGCCUCGAGUCGCGUCUCCGCGGCCUCGCCCCACAGGUUGCACACGCAUCUGCGUCGGCACGAGUUCUUCGCUCGCCGCCGCGCAGGCCGCCAGGAUCGACGUAUCAUGCUGGGGUCAACACCGGCUCUCACGCCGGUGGUCGCUCGUGA